AUGGACACUCGAGAUCUUUUGUGUUCAUCCUGGUUAAUCAUUAUUUUUCUAAAUCAGUCGGGCUGUGAUUGGCUUAAUUGUGCUAACAUUGUUGAAUGUCACUGCAAGUGGGCAUCAGGAAAGAAAACGGCUUCAUGUAUAUCAGCGGCAUUAACACAUUUGCCGCGAUUAGCACCAGAUAUUCAGGUUCUGGAUUUACAUGGAAAUCCAUUAGUAGAACUAAACAAAGACGCAUUCGCGAACAUAUAUUUAUUAAAUUUACAACGAUUAAAUUUAAGUUCAACAAAAUUACAGAAAAUUCACAAAGACGCUUUUAGAGAACUACGAAUACUAAUAGAACUAGAUCUUUCACAGAAUGAACUUAUUCAUCUUUCGCCUGAUACAUUUAAAGGCAACGAUCGAUUAAGACUUUUAGUGCUUAAUGAUAAUCAUUUUAAUGAAUUCGUAGCACAGCAAUUUCCCCCGUUACAGCAUCUAAAGAGACUGGAAAUUUCACGAUGUCAGCUUCGAAAAAUUCAUCCAUUUGCAUUUACGAAUUUAAGAGCCUUGGAAACAAUACAUAUACAGCAAAAUUUAUUAUCUUACAUCCAUCCGAACACGUUUAACUUACCACUGUUGAAAACUCUAACUUUAUCUGACAACCCUUGGUAUUGUGACUGCAGACUACGUUAUUUUCACGAGUGGUUUAUCAAUGCGAAUUUCGGCAAUGAAGAAGUAUUAUGUGCUGGACCAAAUAUUCACGCUCAAUCAUCAUGGCGUGAUAUCAAAGGGCAAGAAAUGAAUUGCCCUCCAACGGUGGUGUCAAGCCCUUCCGUGCUGAGAACAGUAGUUGGAGCUGAUAUCACAUUUGGAUGCUUUGUGAAUGGAGAUCCAAAACCAGUUGUAUCAUGGUUGUUUCACCAUAAAGAAAUUCAAAAUUUUACUUCAGAUAAAAAUAAAAUUUGCAUUAAAAAAUACGAAAUUAACAAUUUAGAUGAGUACAAUAAUGACAUUAUAAACAAAAGUUCACAGUGGGUUAAUGUAACCAUUAGUAACGUGACAGACACAUUUUCAGGAGAAUGGAAAUGUCAUGCAAAAAGUUCUGUUGGUGAAUCUAGUGCAUAUGUGACACUAUAUUUACCUAAAGCGCGUACGGCGACCGCUCGUGCCGCGCCAGAGUACUCUUUUUUUAUUCUAGUAAUAGGGUCUAUGUUAGCAAUGACUGGACUAGGGUUGAUAGCCACUUGUGCCUGCUGGAAGUUUAGGCGUCAAAGGUUACCACCAAGUAGAAGUUUUACUGAUCAAGAAAAGAAGUUACUUGAUUCAUCAUUAGCAGCUAGUUGCGAUAGGCAAAGCGUUGACUUAGAAUCUUCUUAUGCCUUUGAAAUGUUGGAUAGAUCGCUUUCGAUGGAUAGUGAAGGAAGCCAGCGAUACUUAGAGACAGUUCCAACUACUUUAGAAGCUCCUGAAAUGUUUCCUCCACCUCCGAGCGAGUUUGCUUUGCCAGCUCCUUAUGCUAAUAUUUUUAUAUCAGUGCAGUUAUCGGACACACAAGAAGAAUAUCCCGAUUUUUUAGGAGGUGGAGCAACUUUACCGCGUCGAAGCAAAACAUGUUUUCUAGAAUCUGCAUAUGAUAAUAUGGGUCCUAGAGUAACAGCUGCUGGGAAUUCUAAUUGGUCCUUACCGGAAGAUAAUGCAUCAAAUAAUAAAGAUAGUGAGAAAAACAUAAUUACAUCGUUUUCAACAAUCUCAACAGAGUUAACUGCUCUUUAA